GCUAUCGGAUCGGAGCUCUAUAAAUAGUCAAUCAGGGCCCAGAGUGACAGCAUUAGCCCCGCGGUCAACAAACCAGCAGCAGCAACAUGUACAAGCUCCUCCUCGUCGUCGCCCUUUUCGGAUGCGCCCUGGCCGCGCCACUGAACGAUGAUACCAUCACCAAGUUCCUGUCCAACCAGGAUACGGACGGCACCUACGCCUACGACAUCGAGCAGGCUAGCGGUAUCCAGAUUAAGGAGCAGGGUCUUGGCGGCCACAAUGCUCAAGGAUCCUACUCCUACAUCUCCCCCGAGGGCACUCCCGUCCAGGUGGUGUACACCGCCGACGAGUUCGGCUUCCACCCACAGUCCAACUUGCUGCCCACUCCACCCCCAAUCCCAGAGGAGAUCCUGCAGUCCAUCCGUUUGAUCCAGGAGCAUCCCACUCCCGAGGAACUGGCCGAUCGUGAAGUUCGCGCCCGCCAGAUCUAGAACAGGAUUGAAAAUAGUAAUCUUAAGUUUGCCAAAGUAGUCAUCACACGAUGUGUUCAUCACCCCAGCCA